AUCAUGGCAUUUGUACACGUUAUAUUAAUAUUAAGUGUUUUUAAAAUGGCAAUAAGUAGAGAUGUAGAAUAUAGACAUAUGGAAAGAAAUACGGAUAUGUGUAAAAUGUUCGCUAGGACUCCAUUCUUCGAAUCGGAGUUGGUGAUGACGCAAUGGCGUAUCUAUUACUCUUGGAAUAUGCAGAUUGGACCAAAAUGCGUCGAUAUAAGCUUCAAGAAUGCAACCAAAGAGAUAGUCCACCGAGUAUGGUCAGACAUGAACGAGUAUUUAGAGAUGCAGCCCAACUGGGAUGCGGCGGCUUUACUAUUAAAUAUCGGCAGCUCUAGGCGAGAGGUGAUGCUGUUCACGGAACAGGGGCCAGCUGGCGGCUUCACAGGCGUGCCCAACAUCAUUCGAGAUGGAAAUAUACCUCCACUAAGGAAAUCCGUAUCUUUGAUCAAGUUCCACAUGAAACUGGUCGAGGGUGGAAGGUAUCUGGUGGUGAUGGACUGUCAGCUAGGUGUCGCCUCCCUGUCAGCAAGGAGUAACGUAGCUGUAACCUUGGCAGAAAUCACCGCAGCUGCAAUGGAUCUCAAUCUAGGUGAGGGACAUCCAGCUUGUUCGGUAGCCAGAGACAAUGAAGAUCCAUUUAUUAUUAAGCAAUAUAUUUAAUGAAAAUAUUUUUAAGUUCCUUUAGUUAGUUACCGAUGGCCUCAAGUCCAAAGGUAUUACAAGAUCUGAUUAAACCACAUUGGCCUAUUGCGGAAUGUCUACAAACAUAUUUCAAUUUAUGUACGAUGUUUUUUCACCCUAAAGAACGAUGAUAAGGAAUUUAAUUGCUGUGUUUGAUCAAAAAUUGUUAUAAAUAUUACCAAAUUCACUAUACCCUAAGGCCCAAAUCUAGUCCUGUUUCCUUCCCACCUUUUUCUACUAAUUAAGGCUCUAUGU